UUGGACAGCACUUAUAUUUUUAUAUCUUCACGGCUGCUGUUGUGCAACCUUUUAUUUUGUUGAAAAUGUUUCCGAUUUGAUAAACAGUGUUCUUCAAUUUAAUAUCCUACCAAAAUGUCGAUCCAUUGCAUCAAACUGAACAUGAGCCAUCUAAAAAGUGCAAUCGGCACCUUUCGCUGCAAGUAUUCGCACUUUGCAAACGGCAGUUUCUUUGCUCCAAAACUUUUGCCAUCGCCACACCAACGAUUAGUCGUUCCGGCCCGAUUCGCCAACACUCUGUUCUGGGAAAAGGAACGCAAGGGUGGUUAUGAUACCAAAAGCAAAAAGAAAGUGUCCCAAAAGCAGCAAAUCUUGGACGGGUUGAAAGAGCUGCGGCAGGAAUUCGCACUCUUCAAUCAGGAAUGGAAGGAGAAGUUGCAAAGCGAUCCGUUGUUGGUGUUCCGGCCGGGCGAAACGGAUGUGAUGUUCAACUUUGAAUCGGAAAAAGAUUUAAACCGGUGGGUAAUUACGACCGACAAGGAUCACAACGAGGGAUUCACGGAGGCGAAGUUUGAGCUCAGCCCGAGCGGAUUCGGAUUGUUCCACGGUACGUUGGAGAGUCGGGUGCCGAAGGAUGGGCGUAUUAAACGGGCUGGGUACGCGAACAUGAGAAGCAUCAGAAUACGGAAAUCUUUCAAGCGGGAAGCCUUUUACGACUGGGAACAGUACAACACGCUGGUGAUGAGAAUCCGCGGAGACGGUCGAUCGUAUCUAAUUAACCUUGCAUCGGAAGGAUCUUUCGAUAUUCUGUGGAACGACAUCUACCAUUAUGUGCUCUACACGAGGGGUGGUCCGCACUGGCAGUAUGUGAGAAUUCCGUUUUCGAAGUUUUUCUUGGCAUCUAAAGGACGAGUGCAGGAUAGCCAGGGACCAGUCCCGUUGAACAAAAUAAGCAGUCUGGGGUUCUCAGUAGGUGCGCGUGGUGGCCACGAGGGUCAAUUUCGACUGGAAUUUGACUACAUCGGAGUGGAGUUUGAUCCGACCCAUAGGGAAGAAUUUGCUUAUGAAAUGUACAAACAAGGGAAGUACAUUGUUGCCACUUAAUAGGCAAAGUUAUUGGAUAUAAAGGUGUUAGAAAAAUCAUGACCCAAUUAGAAAGAAAGCCCCAUUUACACUUAAAACGCAAAUGCGUCAAUGUAAAUAACAUAUGAAAUCACUUGGAAUACAUUUUCAGGGAUUAUUGACAAAUAAAGAGCAAUUCAGUGAAUUUCCUGUUGAAUGUUCGAAUAUCAAA